AUGCCAGAUGAAUGGAUAGAGAAGGGGUUGGUUGCCGAGGCGGCUAGACAACGCCAGCUUGAGGAGUUCAACUAUAGAGCGGGAACGCUCGACUUCGAUGGUGUGGAUCCAGAACUUGGCAUGCACCUCCUGUCUCUCCACUGGAAUCGACAGCAUCAUUCGUUUCUGCUGACCUAUCGGCCCGCAUUCAUGCGCGACAUGGCUUGCAACGGGCCCUACUUUUCAAAGAUACUGCUCAACGCCAUUUACUUCGGGGCCUCCAAGUUCAGCCCUCGUCGGGAAGUUCGGAGAGAUACCAACGACGUGCGCACCGCCGGAUGGGCAUUCCGUGAACGUGUCAGGAACUUGCUCGGCGAUGCGCUCGACAGUAGUGAUAUCACAACGAUUCAAGCCUUGCUAGUGAUGACAAACUCACUUUUUGCAUUGGGUGAUGAGAGGAGUGCUGCUUGGCUAUAUGCAGGUCUGGCGUUUCGUAUGAUCAUCGACUUGGGCAUGCAUGUUGAUGCGCCGGGCCUUGGUAUCACGCGGAAGUUCUCUGACGAGGAUCUAGAAAUACGACGGCGGGUCUUUUGGGGCGCGUUCGUUGUCGACAAGAUCCAGAGUCUCUAUCAAGGGCGUCCAGCAUCACUAAAAGAAUCCGAUACGUUGGUGCCCAUUAAGUUUCUGGACACAUUCGAAGAAUUCGAGAAUUGGAAACCGUUUGCAUACUCCACCGAUGCCACCAGCUACCCUGGCUCGCCCGCAUACAGCGUGUCAACGUUUACGUGCCUCUGCCGUCUUUCCGUUGUCAUGAGCGACAUCCUAAGCUGCAUCUACACGGAGCGAGCAUUUGACAAGAGCGCAACAGAGCUUUCCACCAUGCUCGAAAGCCUCAGCUCUAAGUUGGCUGCUUGGAAGGCCGCACUGCCUAUACAUCUUGGCUUUGACCCAAAGAGCAGUGACAAAGUGCCUCCUCCACACGUACUAAGCUUGCACGCCAUGUACCAUGUUCUCACCAUCCUCCUCCACCGUCCGUUCGUGGCCGAUGGUCAUCUCUACAAUACUUCUCGUUCGAUAUCGGUCAACUCGUUCAUCACCUGUGCCUCUGCAGCCGACAGCAUAGUCGGCAUUCUUCGAGCAUAUGAUAAAGUGUUCUCGGUGCGACAUGCACCGUACCUGAUCUCCUAUGCCACCUACGUUGCCGCCACGAUCCACGUACGGAUCGCAGCGAAGCGCAGCACAGAAUCGGAAGCCCGUGAACGCCUGGAAACCUGUAUGUCUGUGUUCCGUGAGAACCAAGAAACGAAUUGGGCAGUUAGGAGGGCGAAAACUAUUGUGGAAGGCUUGAUGACGCGACUGGGUCAACUGGCUCUGCGUCUGGCGCUCGAAGAGAUGCAGAAGGCGGGGUACGCCUAG